CUUUCUGUACCAAAGCAGCCGUCAAGAGGAUGCAACAAUCUGCUUCUCUAGGCUUGCCAGCGAUUGCAGAAGAGGGAGGCAGUUCCUCUGGGGGGGCAGUAGAGCAAGGGAAUUCAUCUGGUGUCGGCCUGCACAUUCUAGACGAUUAUUUCAAGUCUAGAUUUGCAUUGCAGAGCAGUGGCCGUAAUCCCUUUUUACCACUUGAGCCGCUGGCAGAAACAAAACCCAAACGUCCUAGUGUUUCACCAAGUGCUGGUGCGACUGUUGCCUCCUCCUCUUCCUCCAGCGCAGCUGCUUCAGCUCCUCGCAAGAACUUCUUAGCUAUUCGUACCAGUGGAGGCCGUUCCAUGGAGGACAUCGUAAACGAAGUCAAAGCGACUGUUCUGCAACCAGAAGUAGCGUCCGUUGCGUCAAGUAGUUCCGGAGUAGAUGUUGUUCUGCAGACUUCUAGUACGCCAAAAAGUUUCUCUACAUCAGGUGGAGGAGGCCCCCUAUCAGCCGCAACUAGUCCAUUAGGAGGCACGAUUGGAGGCGGAGCUGGUGGCCUUGGUCUGACAGGAGUAGAUGGAGGACCUCCUGGCUCGUCAUCCUUAGAUCUUGUAGAACUGGAGAAAAUGAACUACGAUCAAUGGGAACAGAUCUGCUUGGUGUAUCAGAAACAAGCGAUUGAUUUGCUAGCGCAGUCGGAUGGGCAGCUAACCGCGUUUGACCAAGAGCUGGAUGAUAUAAGACGCGGGUUUGAAUCCUUCGUGAACAAAAAGUCGGAGACUUUGUCCAUCCCAACGCGUGAAGUGACCCUAGCCGCAUUGAGAGUGGACUACGACCGCUUAAGCGACGCGCUAUGGACCGAGACGAAUAAGAGGAGGAAACACUGCGAAAAAGAGAUCGCUAAGAUCAUAGAAGACACCUGCUGGUGGCACGGGAAAGUAAUGGAACUGCUGACCACAGCCGAGCAGGUGUUUUUCAACCACUUCCGGUUUGCAUCUGAGGCCUGCAGUUUUGUCCAACAGGUGUACGAGCCUGCAGCAGCCCCCGUCCUGGCGGAAGACGGGACAAUGGCCACUUGCGUUGUUGGGUUUACCAAGAAGCGUGCGGAAAUUGGGAGAUUUGUUGGAGGGGUGAACGUUAUGGAUACGGAGCAACAAGUGAAAAUUCUGAAUCAGCAAAUAAGACAAAAAUACCAGCACAGUAGAAUGAGGAUACAUCAUCUGCAUUUAGUAUUUACUAUAGAAAAAGCGUAGACCGAUUCUAACAGGACCGCCGGCGAAUUACCAGUCUCUUUGCCAGCGAAAUUCAAAGCACCAAGUGACAAAAAACUCGCUCUUGGUGACCUCAUGGCUGAGUUAGAAGAAGCUACCGAACAGCAACAGAGUGAGCCGUCUUUCAGCAAUGACGUCGUUCUCCCUGUGUUAAGAGCGAUGUAUGAACAGCACGCAUCACGGGCCUCGGAGUUCGGCAAGAUUGCAGGUUUGUCACUUCAAACGGCGUAUUCGGAGAGGUGUCACGCAUCAUUGGGUCGGUUUUCGAAGAUGUACGUGGAGAUGCGGGAGGCGGCAUUAACGACGUUUCGAGGGAUGGAGUUAUGGAAGAAUGAUAAUUGCCUUAGCCUUUGCCAGUUGUUCGUAGCGACCAAAAAGAAAAAAACUCGAUCAUCCAACUUCUAACCUGAAGCUGGAUCGGCAUUCGCGUCGGCAUGGAGAACGAGACGAUUAACAAGUACAUGAAGGCCAUCAGGAUUCGCGCAGAAGCCUCCAAAACGAAAACUCUACUCUCAGAAUGUCCUGUAGAGGCUGCGAUCCUAGAAGAAUGCGCACCGGUGCCGCCAUUUCCGGUCCAAAGCGUUUCCAGCAGACGUAGUGGAAGUGCGCCAACGUCCCAGCAAAGGAACCGGAGCUCGGUCCAGAGUAGCGCUUCUUCAGCCACACAAGGAGGUGGUGCUUCUGCUUCGUCUGUUGUAGGACUGGCAUCGAUAAGUUCUGCAGCUGCUGGAGGAGCUAGUUGUUUCCCAGUAUCAGUGUUAGUAGAGUGCUUGCUACCAUCUUCUGGCAAUGCAGGAGGUUCAUCUUUCUACGACAGACUCACCAGUCUCUACAAGCAAGCUCUGAGGUACGAACGCCCAGACGUCUUUCCGGCAACGCUACUACGAUUUCCGAUCCAGAAGUUAGUCGAGUUCAUAAGGUCUUCAGCCAGAUGGACGCCUUCACCUGUGAUGGCACCGCUUUUGUACAAGCGAAAACUGCGGUCUGACGCGUUUGCGAAGAUUGCGGUUGCGUUGAAUGAACAGGGAUUGAGUUAUGACGAGCUCGAUGAUUGACAUUGAGAUAUGAUGACCCGUAAACGCGCUUUGAUAUUCGUUCUGAUGUUGGUCUUCCCACUAUGACCUUUGACCCGUAAACUCGUUUUGAUAUUCGUUCUGAUGUUGGUCUUCCCACUAUGACCUUUGAUCACGCACACGACGUCCUCUUUCUGUACUGCAGUAAAAAAAGCCUUUUCAUCCUCAACAUCAUCUGCUCGUCUAAGCUCCCAAAGUUUCCUCUGGACAGCUGCUGGAGUACACAGCGGAGAUCACAGAAGACGUGUUUACCAAGCUCGAUAUUUUCGAUGACUUUGGAGACAAACAGCAACUCAACAAAAUCCUCUUUGGAGCACUCAGUGGAGUCCUUGGGUACUUGAACUUCUGCGUACUUUUGUGCCCGUUGAUCGAAUUGGAAGUUUUUUCUCUCUGUGUUUCUUUCCGCGACCUCAAUUUCUCUUUCUGCCAUUCCAUAUACCGAUACCCUUUCAACAUACCCUUUCAACUACAACAGCAUGUUCGCCUACUAUCCAAGUGCCCGCGUUGAUGGCGAGUUUCAUUUGCGGCAACUGUCAAGACCACAAAUGGAAGAUCUAGGCUUUGCGAAUGGCGUGGAACAAAAGUGCAGGGAGGUUUUAGAGACACUGGAGUCAAAUCCGAAAGCGUUAUGCGCAGGACCACUUUAUCGUUCUAUUUGAAUUUAACUGUUGAUGCCACCAGGACCAGAGAGAAGCGUGUAACCACUCCCGACUACAUUUUUCCUCUAAUCUCAACCGGCAUAGUAUCGCAAACCUCCAGCGCCCGAAUUUUCAGCAAAGCGAGGCAAUCCUCAGCGCUUUUCCUCCAACUGGUCUCCUUAUUGCCAGGUGACUCUGUAGUGAGCAACUUCUUUGCGUAUGUGAAGCUCAUGCUCGGGAUUUACCUCGAUGAGUGCGCUGGCGCACCAAACUUCGAAUCCUACCUAGCUGAAAAAGAGAAGGAGAAGCAGGCUAAAAUUGCCGAAGGUUCACAUACUUCGGCAGAUGGCGAAGACAAUACUGGUGAGGGUGGAGAAACAGGAGAGGGUGAAAAUGCAGAAGGAGGUGAAAAUGCCGAGAACGCAGAACCAGAACCACCUGAGCCUCCAAAGGGAGUCGUCGCUGUCCGAAAGUUGCAUGCUCUCCUCACAGCCGAAAAACUUCUCGACAAAGAACUAACUAGGUCUGUGCAAACGUUUGUGGCUGAAUUUUUCAAUUCAGUGUUGCCAGAAGCUCAACAACUAGAUGCCGAAGACGCCGACGUCUCUGUCCCAGUUUCAGUCCUCUUCAAUCCGGUAGUAAUCUAUGUACCUGUCGUGAAGAUACUGAGCCACUGUGGGCACAAAUUCGUACGAGGAGUGCCAGUAACGUGGGACUGGUGCUGAGCAGUUCGAUUACGGAUGACCAGUAAAGUGAGCAACCCCGAGGACAUUAAAGACAUCGAAGAUUAUAAGCUUCGGCUUCUCCAACUAGAACUAGUUUUUUCUGAAAACUUCAAUUUCUAUUUCCUAAUAAUUUCGAUAUGAUCGAUAAAUAGAUGAUUUCUUUUUAGUGACCUCUGACAAAUGCUACUAGUGAAAGGCAAAACGAACUCCAUGUUUUUAACGAAACAGUUUUUUUCUUAUCUUGUCUAGUUUUGAGUACGUAUGAUCUUGGAAGAGCAUACAUUCGAUUACCAAUCAUGUGCAAUAAGAAACGAAUUUCGAACGAGGAAGAGACGUAAUUUACUAGCUAGCAAAUGCCGGAUUAGCCAUCACCGAUUACCAUUGAUUAGUAUCUAUAAUACGAAGACAUGAUAAAAAAUCAAAAGCCCUCGGAUUUCGACCACAUCGAAAGUAAAUGUACAGAGAACAAGAUCUUUACGGUUACGAAAUGAAGGAGAUUGAAUAGGCCAACAAUAGAGUCGCAAAGAAGAUGAUGAAAAGAGAAUAGCAAGAACGUUAGCACGUAGUUGGACGUGUUGGCAGGAUGAUGUGCGUGAUAGAGAGGAGGAUGACAAGCACUCCACCUCGAGUGGGAGUUGAUGAACAGUAAUGGCUUGUCGUAGAAAAAUGAUCUUCAAUGUCAAUCUUCUUGCACUUGUUACUUUUCAGGACCAGCACGAUGAAUGCAAUUCUUUGUCUGUUUUUUAGAAGAAAUCAAAUGUCGUUUGGAGAAUUUGAACUGAGAACUCAAGGUGCACCAGUCGCCUUCAAACGACGUUGAU